AGAAUAAACAUAUAGGCCUAACCGGAGAUCCUACUUGUGUACAGAGCGUUAAUCGGUUAAUAGUUUAAUGUCGCUGCAUUCAUAGCAAUUCACACAAAUGAGAGGCCAACAUCAACUGUUCAGCUACGGACGCUUGUAAAUGAAGAGGGAUUUGAACACAAGGAGGCGCCACACACUGUCAUCUGAAUCCUUCAGUUUAGCUGCUGCCGCACGAAAGAUGCGCUCCCCUCACACGUUCUCGUGUCUGCCGUCUGCUGAGAGGAUCAUAGCUGAGCUGACAGAGAACAUCUGACACAUCUCACUCUUCUUCUGCCUAGUAUUUUGUUUUGAAAUUGCUGAACGAAUGGCGAACGCAGGGCUCCAACUUCUCGGCUACACUUUGGCUUUUUUGGGACUUAUUGGUCUAAUAGCUUCUACAUCCAUGGCCGAGUGGAAGAUGUCUUCAUACGCCAGUGAUAACAUCAUCACAGCUCAGGCCAUGUAUGAGGGUCUCUGGCAGGCCUGUGUGCACCAGAGCACCGGACAAAUGCAAUGCAAAGUCUACGACUCGCUGUUACAGCUACCAGGGGAAAUUCAGAGUACUCGAGGUCUCAUGAUCACCUCCAUCUUACUGGGUGCUGUCGCUCUGAUGGUUGCUGCCGUUGGUAUGAAGUGCACCACAUGCCUGGCAGACGACAAGCAACAAAAGAGCAAAGUUGCCCUGGCCGGAGGCGUCCUCUUCAUCGUUGCAGGGGUUCUUGCUCUUGCUGCCACAAGCUGGUAUGGAGACAAAAUAAGACGCAAGUUCUUUGAUCCAUUCACUCCCACAAAUUCAAGGUAUGAGUUUGGUAAGGCGCUCUAUGUGGCCUGGGGUGCUUCGGCUCUCACGCUCAUUGGCGGCAGCAUGCUCUGCUGUAACUGUGGAAGUAAAGCCACUGGUAAAUCGUACCCACCUCCCCGCACGGCGGGACGGCCGGGAACGGAUCGUGUUUGAAGAUUAGUGGUGUCCACAUACUGUAAAACACCCGAAGACAAAAGCAAUCUAGCAGCUUGUGUGCAACCUAUAGUUUAAUGUGUCGUGUGAUUAUUCUUCACUCUGAAAUCUUUUAUAUUGCUUUGUGAUUUGGUAAUAUGUUAUAGUUUUGGAUUCCUGCUUUAUUAGAGUCAUUUUCAAUCGUUAUGUAUGUCUCUCAAUAUAAAAUAAAAAUGAAAAAUGCAUCUAUUCAAAUCUAUGGGUUCAAAUCUAUUGUCAUGAUAUAGCAUGCAUUAUGUAUGCCAGUGAUGUUGACUUUUUACUCAACAUGUGAAGGUUUUGUUUGGAAGGAAAAAAUGUAUAAAUUAAAAAAAUUUGGAAACAUG